GAUUUUUCUUAUCCCCUCCCUCAUCUUCUCCACGCACCCACCCCUCGAGAGGGAAGAAGGAACCCGGAAAGGGAGGAAAGCAUGGCCGGAGCAGCAGCCGCCUCCGCCGCCGCCGCCGCCGUGGCGUCCGGGAUCUCGGCCCGGCCGGUGGCCCCGAGGCCCUCUCCCUCGCGCGCGCGCGCCCCACGGUCCGUCGUGCGGGCGGCCAUCUCCGUCGAGAAGGGGGAGAAGGCGUACACGGUGGAGAAGUCCGAGGAGAUCUUCAACGCCGCCAAGGAGUUGAUGCCUGGGGGUGUUAAUUCACCAGUUCGUGCCUUCAAAUCAGUUGGUGGGCAGCCCAUUGUGUUUGAUUCUGUGAAGGGUUCUCGUAUGUGGGAUGUGGAUGGAAAUGAAUAUAUCGAUUAUGUUGGUUCCUGGGGUCCUGCGAUCAUCGGUCAUGCAGAUGAUACGGUGAAUGCAGCAUUGAUUGAAACUCUAAAGAAAGGAACUAGCUUUGGCGCUCCAUGUGUGUUGGAGAAUGUGUUGGCUGAGAUGGUCAUCUCUGCUGUACCAAGUAUCGAAAUGGUCCGUUUUGUCAAUUCAGGGACAGAAGCCUGCAUGGGAGCGCUGCGCCUUGUGCGUGCAUUCACUGGGAGAGAGAAGAUUCUCAAGUUUGAAGGUUGUUACCAUGGCCAUGCAGAUUCCUUCCUUGUUAAAGCUGGCAGUGGUGUUGCCACCCUUGGCCUCCCAGACUCCCCUGGAGUCCCCAAGGGAGCCACAUCUGAGACUCUAACGGCACCAUACAAUGAUGUCGAGGCAGUGAAAAAACUGUUUGAGGAGAACAAAGGGCAGAUUGCUGCUGUCUUCCUUGAGCCCGUUGUUGGCAAUGCUGGCUUCAUUCCUCCACAGCCCGGUUUUCUGAAUGCUCUCCGUGACUUGACGAAACAAGACGGUGCACUUUUGGUCUUUGAUGAAGUGAUGACGGGUUUCCGUUUAGCUUAUGGUGGGGCUCAAGAAUACUUCGGGAUCACCCCUGAUGUGUCAACAUUGGGGAAAAUCAUCGGUGGCGGUCUUCCAGUUGGCGCUUAUGGUGGACGUAAGGACAUCAUGGAGAUGGUUGCUCCAGCAGGGCCAAUGUACCAGGCAGGAACCCUCAGUGGAAACCCUCUAGCUAUGACUGCUGGAAUCCACACACUCAAGCGUCUGAUGGAGCCUGGAACCUACGAUUACUUGGACAAGAUCACUGGUGAUCUUGUUCGCGGGGUAUUGGACGCGGGUGCGAAAACUGGACAUGAGAUGUGUGGAGGACACAUCAGGGGGAUGUUCGGGUUCUUCUUCACCGCUGGCCCAGUUCACAACUUUGGUGACGCGAAGAAGAGUGACACCGCCAAGUUUGGGAGGUUCUACCGGGGCAUGCUUGAAGAAGGUGUGUACCUAGCUCCAUCCCAGUUUGAGGCAGGUUUCACCAGCUUGGCACACACCUCCCAGGACAUCGAAAAAACCGUGGAGGCAGCUGCGAAAGUUCUUCGCCGGAUAUAGAGUCUUCGACAGUUGAGCUUAGCUACGGCUUGUGAAUCACUUGCUAUUUUUCAUUUGUGUUGUACACUGUUAGUUCUACAUCACUCAAAAUCUGUAUUGUGCAGCAGCGGUACAUUUCCUCUAGCCCCCAUAUCAUUGUGAGUUAGUAGCAUCCAUGGUGUUUUUGCAGUGCCAAUAAAGUUAUUUUUGAUAUCUCGAUGAAUUCAACUGACAGUUCCCAAA